AUGUCCGCCACUAACAGUGCGGGAGAUGCUUUCGAGGCGUACACCAAGGGCGAGUUUGGAACGUGCGGAGAAUAUUUGGAGCAGAUUCACAAUUUGAAGACUGCCGCGGACGUGAAGGUGACACACAACAUCCUCAUCAACGACUACUUCAAAGCUGGCUGUGCAGAUCCCCACAAUCUGCUUACUCUCCUGACCCAGGCGUACGAACGCGCGAGGGAGAAGGAGAAGAAGGACAAGGGCAAGCGGAAGAAGGAGGAGGAUGAGGAGGAUGGCAUCCGUGAAGAUGACGACCUGUACGUGCUCCGGUACAACCAAGCCCUGCUGUGCGUUCAGUUGCGGCACUACGCACAGGCACGGCAGAUUCUGGAGGAGCUCUUCGAGAACAUCGAGCCAAUCGAUGAUUUUCUCGCCAUCAAGAUCUGCUUCCUCCUCCUCGAGGUGGUCCUGCUACAGAAGGAGCCCGAGCAGGCCCUGCAGAUCCUUAACUUUCUGGAGAAGCCGAAUGCUUUCCACAGUCUUCUCAAGCCGGAGCGCAAGAAUCUUGAAGCCCCUGCUUGCAUCGAAGACGAGGAGGUGGUCGAGGGCGAAACCAGGGAGGAGGAGGAACCCGCUGAAGCUGUGGCUGCAGCUGCAGAUGCCCAGCAGCCAGAGAAGCCGGAGGGUCCUCUGCCCAGCCUGGUCUUUGGCGCUUGCCUUCAGCGGCAUGGACGUGCACCAGAUGCGAUCUCGCCAAUUGAGUUCAAGUUCACCUGCCUGACGUACAAGAUCCGUGUCCACAUCUUGUGCCGAAGCAUGAAGUCAGCAAAGAAGGAAUGCAAGAAUGCAAUGGAGAUCCUGGAGCACGAUCUUGCGCAUGUUCCACUAUUCUGGAAGGAGCCGCAGAACCAUGAAGCCCGAAGCCUUCUGCACAACCACGACUGGGCUAAGGUUACCUGCCUCAAGGCGUACCUCGAGUAUGCCAAGCAGAACCACAGAAAGGCGUUUCGCCUCCUCACGCUGUGCCGCUUCAACUUCGCACCUCCGAAACCUGGGGACAAGUCUGGAGCACACAAGUCAGGCGAUGAUGAGGUCGAGGACCACAUGCCCACAGAUUUCCAUCCUGCUCAAGAUGAUGCUUGCUCCCCGCUGUUCUACAACAACAUGGGCUGCAUACAUUUCAUGAUGCACAAGCCGAACUUGGCCAUCUACUACUUCAACAAGGACUGGCCCCAUUCAUUUCCUCAGUCACCUUAG